AUGGGAACUCCUGGAUCAGGACGGAAGAGAACUCCAGUGAAAGACAGGUUUUCUGCAGAAGAUGAAACUCUGAGUAACAUUGCCAGAGAGGCAGAAGCCAGGCUUGCAGCCAAACGGGCAGCUCGAGCAGAAGCAAGAGAUAUACGUAUGAGAGAGCUGGAGCGACAGCAAAAAGAGUUUUCUCAGCAUUCAUAUGAUAGAAAAUGGGCUCAUAUCCAGAAAUGGAUGGAAGAUUCAGAGAGGGCCAGGUAUUCUCACCGGUCCAGUCGACAUUCAUAUUUGAGUUCUUUGGAUGUCAGUGGGUCUCACAGGAGCAGAGCAAGUACCUCCAGAAGGAGAGAUCUUGUGUAUGACAGUGCUAAGGAUAGAUCUACAAGAUACUCAGUCCCUAGUCAUGCUUACAGUGAAUCUCAUAGUUCAAAGAAGAAAGCUGCUUAUUCCCAUAAAGAUUUAUUGAGUGGAAUUUACUAUGAUCAAAGAAAUUAUAGCAGCCUUAGAUAUAGUAAACCAGUUCCUUCCUACCAUACUCGGUCGUCUUCUCUAUACAGUGAUCCAGUGGCAACAACUAGGAGUUACAGGGUGUCUCCUUCUGUAAACACUGGUUUGAUAAGAAGUAUCAGUUUGGCAUCUUUGUAUGGUGAUGGAUUACAUAGCUCAUAUAGUUCUCGCCCUCCAUCUGAAUACAGUUAUUCUUCAAGAGCAAGCUCAGUUCGAAGUAGUCCUGUGUCCUCUGAUUUUUCUGAUCAAAGUGAAACUGCUGCUGACUAUUUUAGUCGUUCCAACCGCAGGGGAAGCAUUGUUUCCGAUGCAGACGAUCUCCAAGGUUUGAAUAGUCUGGAAGAAAAGAGUGAAAAAUCACAUUCAGAAAUAUUUUCAAGGCCAUCAUCUCGUAAUUCAAUAAGUGCAACUCCUCUGAGUGGCAACUCAUCUAGGAGAGGAAGUGGAGACACGAGCAGUUUGGUAGAUCCUGAUGCCUCCCUCAGUGAAUUACGGGAUAUCUAUGAUCUUAAGGACCAGAUACACGAUGUAGAAGGGAGAUACAUGCAGGGACUUAAAGAACUAAAGGAUUCACUAGCUGAAGUUGAAGAGAAGUACAAGAAAGCUAUGGUUUCCAAUGCUCAACUAGACAAUGAGAAAAACAACUUGGUUUACCAAGUGGAUACUCUAAAGGACGUCAUUGAGGAGAAAGAAGAACAGAUAGCUGAGUUGUAUAGGGAGAAUGAAGAGAAGUCAAAGGAGUUGGAAAGACAGAAACACACAUGCAGUGUUCUACAGCAUAAGCUGGAUGAACUUAAAGAAGGCCUUCGACAGAGAGAUGAAUUGAUAGAGGAGAAUCAACACAUGCAGCAGAAUAUAGACUCCAUAACCAAAGAGGUGUUUGAUCUCCAGGAGACAAUUAAUUGGAAAGAUAAAAAAAUAGGGGCCCUAGAAAGACAGAAAGAUUACUUUGACUGCAUUAAGAAUGAGCGAGAUGAGCUCAGAGAGGAGUUGGCUGACCUGAAGGAAACAAUGAAGAGAGGAGAGAAACAUGGGUUAGUUAUAAUUCCAGAUGGCACACCAAAUGGUGAUGUAAACCAUGAAUCGGUGGUUGGUGCAAUAACAGUGGUAUCACAGGAAGCUGCUCAAGUCUUGGAAUCUGCAGGAGAAGGACCACUAG